AAACCUCACCUAUUCAGCGACAACAAUUAUUACUAAAUAUCGACGAUCACUUGAGGCUACGCUCAGUUCGUAUAGAAUUUCUGAAAGAGUGUAUCACGUAGUGCUCUAGUGACGAAAUUGGCAGAAAAGUGUAGGAGUGACAGUGAAAAUAUCAAAUAUCACAGCUGAGUGAAAAUAGCCGAGCAAAAUUAGUGAUACAAGUGGCGUUGAUUGAAAAAGUUAUAGUUUAGUGAUAACGUAAUUGGAUAAUAGGCGUGUUUUGAACACGAAGCUGAUAUUGUUUCUAAACAGGGAUUUUCGUGAUGAUGUCUUGCCCACGAAGGGCGAAGCCGACCAGGAUCAAGAACCAGGCAGAAUAGAAGAAUAUGUUAUAUAAUGUUAGCUAUUCCCUCGCUGUUUCUCCUUGUUAUGUUGAAGGUAUCUGCUGAGGUUAUAACGCUUACACCAACCACAGGACCGAUAGUCAGCGACCUUUCAGUACAUACCUUCCUUGACGGUAAUGGUUACAUACGUCUAAAUAUAACAUGGGGAGAUAUUUUAUAUGAUGCCGAAUAUGUAUCCAUCAGCUUUGGCAGCACCGAGGAAUGUAAUCCAAUCAGUGACGUAGAAAAUUACGCGUUAAAAAAUCACUGUAUAAUAAGGCCCAGCAUGGACCUGCAACAUCCAGCAGACCACAUUAUUCACGGAUGUGUCUACAAUGUCUCCCUGGAAGAUAAGGCACUUCCCGCGAAAAGCCAAAGUGUCAUCUACAAAGUACCUGAGUGUGUCGAAAACAGGUGUAAAUGUGGAGACUUCUCGAACUCGCCUAAUAAAGUGACAAGCCUCACACCAGUAACAGAAAACAUGUUCUUGCUUGCUUGGAAUACCACCACGGACGAUAACAUCACGGUACACUACAUAUAUUAUCAAAGGAAAGAUAUUAAAGACAGUACCAAGACUUACAUUCCCGAAAGAAGUUUUCAGUACAGGAACAACGCGGUCGAAAUACCAAUGCAUGAUCUGAAGGAAGACGUGGUUUACACGAUAAACGUAGCUUUUAUUGACGAAUUCAACGAGUGCACGUAUGGCUCUACCAUAGACUAUUGUCAACCUUCAGAUUCCCGCGCAUAUUUAAUUGCCAUAGGCGUAAUAGCCGUGAUAAUAAUUAUGCUGGUAUCCUACAAACUUUCAGUGUGGUCGCCAAGAGUGAGGACGAAAUUGGAAAGGUAUUUCUUCCUUUCCAAAUCUUAUGAGCCCUAUGAAAAUCAAGACAUAGCCACCCCUUUGUCACAACUGAAACUACGUGAAGAAAUCAACGCACAAUAUACGCCUCUGGAGUUUGCGCUGAAAGCCCACAAAUAUGAUGAAUAUGAGUUUCCGAGAAACAAAAUCAUCAUGAUUGAAGUUAUAGGAGUGGGUGAAUUCGCCAAAGUUUUCAAAGGCAAAGCCUACGAUCUGGGCGGGAAACCUGGAUUUUCGUGGGUAGCUGUGAAACAAAUGAAAGAUGGGGCUUCCGAUGAGGAGAUCUUGGAUUUCCAGACCGAAAUCGACACUUUGAAGAAAAUAGGCAACCACGAGAACAUCGUGAGGCUCCUGGGCUGUGUGACCAUGGAAGAGCCCUAUUUGAUGAUCAUGGAGUUGGUUAUAGGCGGUAGUUUGAAAAACUACCUCAUUCGACUGAGGAAGAAGUGGGCCGAGAAGAAUAUACCCAGGAUAUUCUUUCCAGAUGAUAUGGAUGAGGAAUUGCUUAGGUCUAAUAGCCAGAAGUUACCAGAAGCAAAAAUCAACUACACUACCUGCGUUUUUGAUACUAGUGAUGGUUCUUACAUCAUUCCCACGACGCCAAGGUCUGCCGAUUCAAGCGUGUUCUUGAAAACGGGCACUGAUCAAAAUCUACAACAAAUCCAAACUUCAACGUUGAGACAACCUGAAACUCCAUCUUCGAUGAAUUCAAGCCGCAUACCUUCGAGUGCUGAAACUGAACUAACGAACUUAGACCUGGAAACACCGACUCCAUUGACGGCGGAAAUAAAUCGUUUUCCAGAACCAGUACUAGAUCACACAGAGCUACAACAAUUUGCUUUUCAGAUAGCCAACGGCAUGCGCUACGUAGAAAAGCUGUCUAUAACGCACAGGGACCUAGCUGCAAGGAACAUUUUGAUCACCAGCAACAAGCUCCUGAAGAUAUCAGACUUUGGAAUGUCGAGAAGCGGGUCGUACGUAAACCGAAAACCCAAAAAAAUGCCCCUGAGGUGGAUGGCGAUUGAAUCAAUCGAAGAGAAAACGUGGGACAACAAAAGCGACGUCUGGUCGUUCGGCGUAGUUCUGUGGGAGAUAGGAACUUUAGGCGCCUUUCCAUACGAACAUACCCACGACUUCUUCGUACUGCCCGAGCUGAAGAAGGGCAAACGGUUGGAGAGGCCGAAAAUCUGCACCGACGAACUCUACGCUCUAAUGUUGCGAUGUUGGUCGGAGAAACCAGAGGACAGGCCGACUUUCGGCGACCUCGCCGAAGAGUUGGACGUGAAGAAACGAAGGGUGUACAUCGAUUUCGAACGGUUAAGCCCCAAAUAUGUUUUCCCGCCCACGAGAAAUGUUAAUGAAGUACGUAAUGAGUCGAAAAGUGAAAAUAAAUGAAAUUAAUUAUGAAUUAAUAAUUAUUAUUUUGUUGGAUUGCUACUAAGUAAGCAUUACAUUGAAGACAUAUUUUGUGUAAGAUUUGUACAAUUAUUUGUUAAGUUCGGAGUAUUAUUAUACAUUUUCAUUAAUUUAUUACUAAUAAAAGAUUGUUACAAUA